AUGGCUCGCGCACCACCCUCCAUCGACCUCCUCCUCAACCUCGUCCCCGACCGCCCCUCCUCCGUCCUCAACAGCCUCUACUCCUACCCCAACCUCGCCUCAUCCGCCGACGCCCAUGGCUACUCCCUCCUGCACGCCGCCUCUUCGUACGGCCACAUGGAGCUCCUCCGCGCGCUUAUCCAACGAUAUAAUGUAGAUCCGAACAUCCUCGAUGAAGACGGCGAGACGGCGCUCUUCGUCGCUGAGACUGUUGAGGUCGCGCAAACUCUGGUCCAGCUCGGGACGCACGUGGAGCUGCGGAAUAGCGAGGGGAAGACGGCGCAGGAGAAGAUGGUGGAGGAGGGGGAGUUUGCGGAGGUUGCGGUGUUUCUGGGUGGACUUGUGGAUGGAACCGCUGCUGAACAAGCAACGACGACAGCGAGUGCAGGCGAGGAAGACGUGCAUGCGCCACCGCCAUUGCCGCGGGGGGUCCAGAUUAAUCUUGGGACCAUGGCGGCGGGAGAGGAGGAGGAGGCGCCGGAUCCGGAGUUCAGGAGAAAGAUUGAGGAGUUGGCUGCCAGUGAGGACUUCCAGGGCGAGGAGGGGCAGAGACGAUUGAGGGAGUUGGUUACGGAGGCUGUGACCGGAAUAAGUGCCGAGGGAGAAGAGCGGCAGGUUAGGAGGAGA